GCUGGGCAUGAAUUGGUCUUGUUAAGGUUAAUGAUUAGGCUUUGGUCAGGCUGUCCACAAUGAAUGGAGGUCAAUGCAAAGGACAUGCGCAAACCUGUGUGUGAAUGCUCCUAUGUGUAAUGCUUAAGUUCAGCUUUGGACAUUAAGUUCUGUGUGCGAAAUAUUCAAAAGCAUGUGUGAUGAAAAUAAUUACAGAAGAACAAGCGUUAUUUCCAGUCACGUGUAGAAAAGGUUGAGCGGAGUGUUUUCUCAAGUUCAGUUUCUUUCCUCUCCUGCUGCCUCAGCAUGGAGGAAGGUGGAUCAAAUAUCUGGGAGCAAAGUAGCUGCCAUCAGUGAAAACACGGUGCAUACAGUUCAUAUAUCUCCAACAAUGUGUAUGCACAGUCAGAGGCAGUGGAGACACUGAUAAAGGCUAACAGAGGCCCCAGUCACCAUCCGGCAUCACCACAGGUUGGUGAGUCAAACAAUGAUCUGCCCGUUGACUCAUGGCAGAGCAUAUAUGCUUCUUUUGGAAUAUGCAGGAGAGAGUUCAACGAUUUGACUGAGACACAACAUCUUCUGUGCUGGGAUGAACCACAGCUGAGUAAAGGAAACCGUGAGAAAAGAUAUACAACGUACAUUCUUGAUGUCGCUGUGGUUGUAAGGAUUCCGCCAUAAAGUCCUUGGGUUUGGAUGCUGAGAGUCGUCAGAUUGGCCGUUGCUGUAGCAUGAGGAUCGCUCUGUUGGUACUCUGAUUCGAAACAUCAUCUGUUGUUCUGAUGAAGAGGAGGAGGAGGGGGGGCCGUUCCUCAUGCUAACACGCGGCCGAGGAAUGCAGCACAACAAUGGAGCACAGAUGAGCUGGAUGGGCACUCUUGUUUUAAGGGUAGAGACAAAUACAUUUUCCAUCAGCAGCAUGGUGAUUUGGCCUCCAUGGUGAGAUGCUGACUUUACACUACUUAAGGCUGCUGAGACUUUAACAUGGACAAACCACAGAAGGACAAAUCGCCUGAUCACAAGAAGACAGAUGCCAGAAAGAAUUCCGGGAAGCAGCCAGUCACAGCCUGUCUGUUGAAUGCAGCCUUUUUUGGGGCACUGGGGUCAUCUUUCCUCUACGGCUACAACCUGUCUGUGGUCAAUGCUCCUGCUCUGUUCAUCAAAGCUUUCUACAACAAGACGUGGAUUGAGAGGUAUGGGGAGCCGAUCGGAGCGGAGGCAGUCACCCUCCUCUGGUCCAUCACAGUGUCCAUAUUUGCUAUCGGAGGUCUUCUGGGAGCAUUGUCAGUCUCUUUAUUCCUCAAAGUGUUUGGAAGGAAGGGAACCUUGCUGCUGAAUAACAGCUUUGCCAUUAUCGCUGCGCUGCUGCUGUCCCUGGGCGAGACGGCGAAAUCUUUUGAGAUGCUGAUCAUCGGCCGUCUCAUCAUCGGGGUGGACUCUGGUAUAGCUCUCACUGCGCUCCCCAUGUACCUGGGAGAGAUCUCCCCACAACAUAUCAGAGGGUUCAUCGGCCAGUUCAACUCCAUCCUGAUCUGCCUGGGAGUGUUCACAGGUCAAGUGCUGGGACUGCCCGAGCUGCUGGGCCAGGAGUCCAGAUGGAUCUACCUCUUUUCCUUCCUGGCGUUUCCGGCAUUGCUGCAGCUGUGUGUGCUGCCCUUCCUCCCCGAGAGUCCUCGCUACCUGCUGCUGGAGAGGAGGGAUGUGGCUGGAGCAGAGAAAUCCUUCCAGAGGUUUUUGGGGAAGAAGGAUGUGUCCAAGGAGCUUGACGAGGUGCGAGCGGAGGCUCAGGGCACCCUGCACACCGUCUCUGUGUUACAGAUGCUGAAGACCCCAACUGUUCGCUGGCAGCUCAUCACCAUCAUCAUCACCAUGGCCUGCUAUCAGCUCUGUGGCCUCAACACUAUCUGGUACUACACCAACGGGAUCCUUCGGGAAGCGGGCUUUGCCGAGAACCUCCUGCCCUACAUCACACUGAGCACCGGGGCUAUAGAGACGUUGGCGGCCAUUAUCUCAGGUUUGGUGAUAGAACGAAUCGGCAGAAAGCGGCUCCUCAUUUUUGGGUUCUCGGCCAUGGCCGUGUUCUUCAGUCUCCUCACAGUGUUCCUCAAUUUCCAGGAGAGCGUGUCGUGGAUGCCCUACCUCAGCUACAUCUGUAUCCUGGCUGUGAUUGCGUCCUUUUGCUCUGGUCCAGGUGGCAUUCCCUUCAUCCUGACUGGGGAGCUGUUUGAACAGUCCUACCGCCCCGCUGCCUUCAUGAUCGCUGGCACAGUGAACUGGCUCGCCAACUUUACCGUGGGCCUCCUGUUCCCAUUCAUUCAAGAGACGCUGCAGUCCUUCACCUUCCUCGUCUUUGUGGUCGUCUGCACCCUGGGAUCCAUCUACCUGUAUGUCGUCCUCCCCGAAACCAAAAAUAAAACAUUCAUGGACAUCAGCCAGAGCUUUGCCAAGAUCAACAAAAUCCCUGCCUCCUCCCCCAGCCAUGAAAUGGAGCUGGAUCUGUGCAUUAAGCCGAAAACAGGUGAAACAGUCCAGAUUGUGAAAACUGAGAGUUCAUUCUAAGUGUUGUUUUGUGGGGGAAUCAGGUUUGAAAAGAUAAACUGAAGAUAUUUGUUGUUUUUAUAUAUUUAUUUUAUCACUGUAAUUAGUUAAAUUAAAUUCUAUGCUUUUUUGAUAUUUUUGAUAUUUUGUAUGUUUUUUAUCACUGAAAUAUUUAGGAAUAAUACAUUUCAAUUUACAGCAAUCAAUCAAAUAAAACCAACCAACUGGA